AUUAGACGCGCAUGCCCUCUCCGCCUUUAUUUUCUUUUCUCUCAGCUCGCUUCUCGAACGCGGAAGUCAGUGAACAUGACGCAUACGAUCAUAUGGGGACUAUGACUUAAAAACAAAAACAUUGCGUUUUACACUCGGGGACAGGCGAGAUUUGGAUUAGUGGUUCCCUCCAUCAUGCCGGAGUUGGUGGACAAGCUACUGCUUCAGAGAGUGUGAGCUCCACUGAACUGCGGGGAUGAACAUGCCAUUGCACCAGAUCUCUGUCAUCCCUCGUGAUGUCACUUCCUCCCGGUUGUCCAACAGUGGGAAGGCAAAAGAGAAAGACAAACAGAACGAGAAACCGCUUGGUCAUUCUGCAAGCAGGUCCAGCAACAUUUCAAAGGCAGGAAGCCCGACCUCUGUUAAUGCUCCAUACAGCUUCCCGAGAACUUCAGUGACGCCCUCAAACCAGGAUAUCUGCAGUUCCAAUGACCUCGUUCAGGAUCUGGGCUCACAGAGGCCCUUACAGGCUACUAUAGUGAUGCUGAACUCUAAUAAUAGAAGCUCAGCAUCAUCGAAUGUCACCAUGACAACACUCUGCACGGGCUCUCCCACCAAGCCCAAAAAUAGGACCUUAUUUAGCACAGAAUGGCUCUCCCUACUCAAACCGCCAGUCAAUCUGAAACCAGAAGUUGGCGGUCUGAAGUUCUCAAAGUCUCUGAAUGACGUGGGCCAAAAGAUGGACACCCUGUACAGCGGUCUUCACUUUAUAGAUCGCACAUGUUCAGAUGGUGAGCUGGACACGGAGAAAGACAAGCACAUGAAAGAUGACCAUGACAAAGCCCACUCUAAUCCAUCUCAUCCUCCAUCAUUCACACUCAACUACAAAUACAUCCCCAGUGUAGGUCCUGAGCACCGCUUGGUUCCUCCUCCAUCUGAUCUUCAGAGAAGCUCCAACUUCCUACGCUUUAUCUUCCCGUUCACCCGCUCAUCCAUCCCAGGAAGCUCAGAGAUAGGAAGCUACGCCUCGCGGUUGCAAAUCCACAAGUCACCCAGCGCCUUGUUAGAGGUCGCCGAGUCCUGUUGUAUGGAGGAGAUUGGAGAUGAUGAGGUGUUUGAGGAAGACUCAUCUCGACAAAAGCUCAAGGUGGAGGGCUUGAGGGCUCCUCUUUGUUCCCUUGACGAGGACAGCGACCUGGAUCAGUGCUCCUCUCCGCUGUCAGAGAAGAACGGCCCCCUCUCGCCCUUCUCUCUUUCUGGGGACUGCUGCAGGAUUUGUCACUGUGAGGGGGAUGAAGAGAGCCCGCUGAUAACACCCUGCCACUGUACUGGAAGUCUGAGGUUUGUCCAUCAGUCCUGCCUGCAGCAGUGGAUCAAGAGCUCAGACACACGCUGCUGUGAGCUCUGCAAAUAUGACUUCAUCAUGGAGACCAAACUCAAGCCCCUACGCAAGUGGGAGAAGCUUCAGAUGACAGCCAGCGAGAGGAGAAAGAUCAUGUGCUCUGUCACUUUCCACGUCAUCGCCAUCACCUGUGUGGUCUGGUCGCUCUACGUCCUCAUUGAUCGCACGGCGGAAGAGAUCAAACAAGCGGGGAGAAUACCAGGAAUAUUGGAAUGGCCUUUUUGGACCAAACUGGUGGUGGUGGCCAUAGGCUUCACUGGCGGACUAGUGUUCAUGUACGUGCAAUGCAAAGUCUACAUGCAGUUGUGGAAGAGACUGAAGGCUUACAACAGAGUAAUAUAUGUGCAGAACCGUCCAGAGACCUGUAAAAAGAAUGUUUUCGAUAAGCCCUCUCUUCUGGAGCCAAACCUGGAGAAUAAAGAGGCACUCGGCCCGGCGCAGUCAGACACAAACUCUUCGCAGUACACAGAGACAGAAGACUACAGUAUGGAGAUUCUGCACGUUUGAGCAUUUGGCCCACAUACUGUACACCCUCUGGUGGAAAGACUCGUGCAUUGCAUCCUCCAGGACACAAGGGGGUACCGGGCACACAGACUGAGACCGAACUCAUUUUGUGUUUAGAUGUUCUUUUUUCUUCGUUUGUCGGAUCUGUUCCUGUAAGUUGUCGGCUAACCAUAACGAAUCGGUGUGCGCUAGAUCUUGAAUCAUUCCAACUACUGCCAUUUGUACCGCUGUCGUACAUGAUUUGAAAUUAAUCCACCAUUCGAGGUGUUUGUGUGGGCGCGCCGGUUCUAAUGAAGUCCGUACCGAUGCAUAUAAGCACUUUUUAUUUCCCUGUUCUGAAGACCACUCUUUAUACGUGAUUUCAAACCAACUUGAAGAUUUGAGAAUAAGAUGUCACAUUUUAUACAGCAGUUGCAUUUGUAUCUCAGCAGACCUUUUUGGAUGGAAAACAAAAAGAAUCUGAAGGAGCAAUGAGGGAAUAUUUAUGUCUUAUUAUGUAACCAUUCCACUUUACAUAAACUACAAACAUUUUCUGUUAUAUAAAAAAAAUUUGUUAUUGUGAAAUUGAAUGACCCAGAUUUCGUCUGGAUCAUUUAAAGGCUAAUACUAUUUAUCAAGGGCUAGAUUUAUUAAAGCUAUCAAAACACUUUAAGUCUGUGCAAAAAUAGUAACAUACUAUAAAUUAUUGGCUAUGCUACUGAUUUUUGCAUUUGUUUAAAAUACUUUAGUAAAUCAGGCCUUUAGUGUAUGUUGGCUUUCAGAAUGUAAUAUUCGGUUUUACCAGUCAUGUGACAUUUUUUUUUUAUAGGUAAUGAUCUCCAGUGUAGCAUCAUGCAACCUUGGCAAUGAAUGAAAGUUUCUGUGUUCAUUGGUUUGUAUAAUUUUAAUUAACCUUUGGGAAAUUUGCAAAACACAUUUUGUUUUUCCAUAAAUUAGUUAUUAUUUCAUUAAAAAAAAAAAACUUUGACAUCUGGCACAAAUUGCUUUUUUUCUGCUGCCCACGCCUUUUGAAGUUGCUGUGUAAAUUUAGGUAUGUUUUUAAAUUUUAACUUGAACAGCAGAAAUGGCAGAUUAAAUUAUUAAUUAGUAUUAAAUAAUGUUUUAGAUAAAAAAUAAUUACUUGAAUUAGUUAGCUGAUCUAUUUACAUUUAUACAUGUUAUGCUUGUUGGCAUAUAUGUUUUUUUAAAACAGGCAUAGCAGAUUUCCCAUUGGUAUUAUUUCAGGUUGUAUUUAUUAGGUAUGUUUUUUAGUGUUUUUAAGUGGCUUUAAAUGUUGGAAAAUAGCCAUGUUAGUUUUGGCCUUCAUUCUAACAUUUCCUUUUAAAUGACCUUGACAUGCACCUUUGCUGGAUAUCCCCAACAAUAAUAUACACAUGCACUGCUUCUUAUGAAAUAUAUGUUGUGAAUAAUUUACGAUCUGUUUUUUAUCAACCCACUUCUGCCAUCUAGAGCUACUGCACAAACAAUGCACAUUCAUAAUUUUUAUUCUCUUUCUGACCAAUAAAAUAUGAUCAAUGUUCAGUUUGUUAUUGAUAUAACUUUUGUAUAUUUUUUAAUUCGAUAACCUGACACUUUGUUUCAGUGGAGUUUGUCUGAGUGGAAUGAGCAUAUCUUAAAUGCAUGCAGUAUAAAAUGCAGCAUUAACCCAUCGUAACAUCCAAAUGAAGCCAUUUUGUUAGACAUGUGACAAAAUAUGUAUACAGAUACUGCUGUCAGUGAAGAGCUCUGUGCUGGUUAUGUUGUUUGACGAGGGUUGGCCCAUACAACUUAAUUUAAAUUUCUAUAUGGUGAUGUCACACUUUUUUGCAGCAUUUGAUUACCUUUUUUUUGUGAAACAAUAGGAGCUGGCUCCUUUUACGAUAACACCAUUAACCGUAACACCAUUGUAGAUGUUAUUGCAUUGCAUCAUAAUAUUAUUUGUAAGGAUGUGUUUUAAGUGCAGUAAUAGUAUUGUUUGUCACAUGGUUCCUUGUAGAUGCUAUAAUAAUACAUGAAACUGCAGUGCAUUACUACUGAAUUGGCUUGAAAAUGACAACAACUGUUUCCUGUACCCCCUAGUGUUUCCAUUAUUAGCUUAUUUUAAAAAUGUUUUGCCCACAUUUGAGCAUAAAAAACAACCAAAUAAAUUAAAUCUAGAAGUUAUUUUCACCAGCCUUGUGUUGUAUCAGCUGUUUUUAAUAUAUACUGACUGUAAUGAGUGAUUCAAGGUUUGAAAACUGCCUGGAUAUGUUGAAAGAAAAAAUUAAAUUCUCAUUUGAUAAUGUA